GGGACCUGGCCCCGCCGUGCGGCUGUCCGCGGGGGUAUGGAGAGCGUGGCUGAGGAGUCGGGUCGGUGCCCCCAGUUCAGUUUCCUGCUCCAACUCGCCGCGCUGCUCGGGAUGUUCGGACCACAGGUCCAGACUCUCAGGCCAGACAGCCUCCUGCUUGUGUCCACCCUGGAUGGAAGUCUCCACGCACUGAGCAAGCAGACAGGGGACUUGAAGUGGACACUGAAGGAUGAUCCCAUUAUCCAAGGACCAAUGUAUGUCACAGAAAUGGCCUUUCUGUCAGACCCAGCUGAUGGCAGCCUUUAUGUCUUGGGGACCCAGAAACAACAGGGAUUAAUGAAACUGCCAUUCACCAUCCCGGAACUGGUUCACGCCUCUCCCUGCCGCAGCUCUGAUGGGGUCUUCUACACAGGCCGGAAGCAGGAUGCCUGGUUUGUGGUGGACCCUGAGUCAGGGGAGACCCAGAUGACACUGACCACAGAGGGCUCCUCUACCCCCCGUCUCUACAUCGGCCGGACACAGUACACGGUCACCAUGCAUGACCCGAGGACCCCAGCCCUGCGCUGGAACACCACCUACCGCCGCUACUCAGCACCCCUGCUGGAUGGCUCACCGGGGAAAUACAUGAGCCACCUGGCAUCCUGUGGCAUGGGCCUGCUGCUCACUGUGGACCCAGGAAGUGGGAUGGUGCUGUGGACACAGGACUUGGGCGUGCCAGUGAUGGGCAUCUAUGCCUGGCAUCAGGAUGGCCUGCACCAGCUACCGCAUCUCACACUGGCUCGGGACACACUGCAUUUCCUCGCCCUCCGCUGGGGCCACAUCCGACUGCCUGCCGCAGGCUUCCAGGACACAGCCACCCACUUCUCUGCCCUGGACACCCAGCUGCUGAUGACACUGUAUGUGGGAAAGGAUGAAGCUGGCUUCUAUGUCUCUAAAGCACUGGUUCACACAGGAGUGGCCCUAGUGCCUCGUGGACUGACCCUGGCCUCCACGGAUGGUCCCACCACAGAUGAGGUGACACUCCAAAUCUCAGGAGAAAGAGAGGGCUCACCCAGUACUGCUGUCAGAUACCCCUCAGGCAGCAUGGCCCUCCCUAGCCAGUGGCUACUCAUUGGACACCAUGAGCUACCCCCAGUCCUGCAUACCACCAUGCUGAGGGUCCAUCCCACUCCAGGGAGUGGGGCUACAGAGACAAGAACCCCAGAGAUCACCCAGGCCCCAGCUCUCUUCUUGGAGCUUCUAAGCCUGAGCCGGGAGGAACCUUGGGACCCAGAGUUGCAUCCUGAAGAGAAAACUCCAGACUCUCAUCUGGGGCUGGGACUCCAAGACCUACUGGCAGCUAGCCUCACUGCUGUCCUCCUGGGAGGGUGUGUGCUCCUCCUGAUGAGACAGCAGCAACUGGCAGAGAAGCAGCAACAGAGCCCCCUAGCUCCUGAAGACCAUCCUCACAUCUCACAGGAUGCUCAGUCCCAGCCCUCAGGGGCCACCCCACAGAGCCAGAGGAUGCUUCAAAGCCCCUUGGAGCAAGCCCUGCCACUAGACGACCUUGAAGCCGAGCAGCUCACUGUGGUGGGGAAGAUUGCCUUCAACCCCAAGGACGUGCUGGGCCGUGGGGCAGGUGGGACUUUCGUUUUUCGGGGACAAUUUGAGGGACGGGCAGUGGCUGUGAAGCGGCUCCUCCGUGAAUGCUUCAGCCUGGUUCAGCGGGAGGUCCAACUACUGCAAGAGUCUGACAGGCACCCCAAUGUGCUCCGCUACUUCUGCACGGAGCGGGGACCCCAGUUCCACUACAUUGCUCUGGAACUCUGCCAGGCCUCAUUGCAGGAGUACGUGGAAAACCCCAACCUAGAUCACUGGGGCCUGGAGCCGGAGAUGGUGCUACAGCAGCUGAUGUCUGGCCUGGCUCACCUGCAUUCACUACACAUAGUGCACCGAGACUUGAAGCCAUGCAACAUUCUCAUCACCGGACCCGACAGCCAGGGUCAAGGCAGGGUGGUCCUCUCUGACUUUGGCCUCUGCAAGAAGCUGCCUGCUGGCCGCCAUAGCUUCAGUCUCCGCUCAGGCAUCCCUGGCACGGAAGGCUGGAUGGCGCCUGAGCUCCUGCAGUUCCUGCCCCCAUACAGCCCUACCAGCGCAGUGGACAUCUUCUCUGCAGGCUGCGUGUUCUACUAUGUGCUCUCUGGUGGCCACCACCCCUUUGGUGAGAGUCUUUAUCGCCAGGCAAACAUCCUUGCAGGGGUUCCCUGUCUGGCUCACCUGGAAGAGGCGGCUCAUGACAAGGUGCUUGCCCGGGACAUGAUUGAAGCCAUGUUGAACCCCCUGGCGCAGGCGCGCCCCUCUGCUCACCAAGUGCUGGCCCACCCCUUCUUUUGGAGCAGAGCCAAGCAGCUCCAGUUCUUCCAGGACGUCAGUGACUGGCUGGAGAAGGAGUCUGAGCAGGGGCCCCUGGUGACAGCGCUGGAGGCAGGAGGCUACGCAGUGAUCCGGUGUAACUGGCACAAGCAUAUCUCAGUGCCACUGCAGACAGAUCUGAGAAGGUUCCGGUCAUAUAAGGGGUCAUCAGUGCGAGACCUGCUCCGUGCCAUGAGGAACAAGAAGCACCACUACAGGGAGCUCCCAGCUGAGGUGCGGCAGGCCCUAGGCCAAGUCCCUGACAGCUUCGUCCAGUACUUCACAGACCGCUUCCCGCAGCUGCUUCUCCACACGCACCGUGCCAUGAGGAGUUGCGCCUCCGAAAGCCUCUUCCUGCCCUACUACCCACCAACCUCAGAGGUCCAGGGAACAUGUCCAGGGGCCGUGGGGAGCUGAGCAGGAGGGAGCCACAGAGGUGACCUCUGUGCCAGCUUACCGAGGAGCUGGGCCUGGGGCUGAGGCUGGGCCCGUGUCAGAAAAGACCAGCAGAGGCUUGGAACCCUGGGGCCAC